UAUGGCUCCAACUGUUACAUCCUAUUCCUCUCCUGCACACAGAACUUCAGACAGACCCGCACCACCACCCACAUCCUGCUGCUCCACCUGGGCAUCAUCGACCUCCUGCUGGCCGCCAUCUUCCUCUUCGCCCUCUUUCCGUCGUUUCUGAAGGACGAGUGGCUGGGCGGCGCCGGGUGCUGGGUGGCGGGCGGUGCGUGGGCCACCCUGCACGUGGCCGCCGUCUGGACGCUCACGGCCCUCAACCUGGACAAGUAUGUGGCCAUCGCCGCGCCGCUGCACUACGCGCGCUUCGUGUCGCCGCCGCGCGUGGCCGCCGCCGUCGGCGUGUCCUGGGUGCUGGCCGCGGCUCUCUGCGCGCUGCCCAUGGCGCUGCCGGGGAUGCGAGGCGCUCCGCGGCCACCGACGGGCUGCUCGCCGGACCUGGCCUCGGCGCCGCCACUGCUGGGCCGUGCCUACGCCGUCCUGCUGGCACUGCUCGGCUACCUGCUCCCGGCCCUGCUCGUGGCCACCGCCAACUUCCGCAUCCUGGUCAUCGCUCGACACCACCGCCACCGAAUCGUGACGGCGCUGUGGGACGUGACGGUGUCGGCCCAGGCCACAGUCACGCCGCAGCGCUCACACUUCUACCUCAGCCGCUACCGAGGCCGCUCUGCUGCCACCACCGUGUGCCACCUGGUGGGCACCUUCCUGCUGCUGUACCUGCCGCCCGCCGCCUGCGUGCUCUACGAGGCAAUGGGCCGCGUGCAGCCUCCCCACACCCUCGCCCUGGCAAACCUCACCCUCCUCACCCUGGCGCCCGCCAUCAACGGCUUCGUCUACGGCAUCAAGAGCAAGGUGCUCAGAAAGAACUUCAAGAACUUUCUGCGGAAGCGGCUGUACCGCAGCGAGGUGAACUACGAGAUACAGUCCCGCGCACCGUCCGUGUCCGCGUCGCGCCGACCCUCGGUGACGCCGUCCCUGUCCAUGCCGCUGCAACACAAGCUGCAGCGGCGCAUGUCGGAGAUCCUGGUGCAGCCCGGCGCCGCGGCGGCCGGCGACCCAGCGGCGCCGCGCCUCGUGCGGCGCUCUUCAGAGCUCAGCAUGCGCGGUCGCGGCUCCAGCUGCUCCAUCGCCCGCGAGACGCCGCCGCCGCGGCCACCCAGCAGCUCUCCGCAGGGCGUGCAGAGCGGGCAGAGUCUGCAGGGCGUGCAGGCUGAGCCACCCGCGGCGGAGCAAGCGACGCCCUCACCCAAAGAGGCCUCGCCCCCCAAGAGCCCCCUGGUGCGUACCUCGCGAGUGUUCCGCUUCCUGACGCAGUCCAGUAGUCUGGAGGAGGGCACCGGCCAUGACGUGGAGGGCGGCGGCCCGCCACUCACCGCCACCCACCGGCCCUCCCUGCGGCGGGCACUGUUCGCCCGCAACAAGCAGAAGAGUCUUGACUUCGAGAUGACGAGUCUCACGCCGAGCGAGGAAGCCGCGGAGGUGCCGCCGCGCAGCGCCUCGCAGCAGGUGGUGGGGGAGCCGGCCUCUCCCUCCCUGACGCGUCCGCUGCUGCUUACGCGCCACCAACCGCCGCCGCCGCUCUCCCCGGCCAGGAAGACCAAGCGGGUCUCCUGGUCCUCGGACAGCUUUUCGGACUCGCCGCUCGAGUCAGACAGUGACGCCGUGACGCCCACGGCGGCGGCGGUGGCGGCGGCAGUAGCGGGGUCGGCUGUGCCACGUUACCGCACCAAGGCGCUGCUGCGGCACAACGGCCUCCGCUUCCAUUUCUCCAAAGUGUCGCUGGAAAGGAUAGACUCGGAGGACACGCGCGCCCCGCCCCCGGGCGGGCCCGGCCCCUCGCCACCCCCGCCCCAGCCCUGGUGCACGCCCCUCCCCAUGCAAACGGCAAGGUCGUGUCCAGCCUGA